UUCCACUGUAUUCUUUUCUUCAAGUGAAAAUUAACUGUCUUAAAAAACCACCUUCUUCUCUUUCUCUCUCCUCUUACCACUGUUAACACAGAGAGCAGAUUUCACACCAUUUCUAGGGUUUUUUCUGGAUGCUCUCUCUUCUCUAAACUCAAUCUUCAAUUUCCCCCAAAUUUCUACCCUAAUUCAUCACUUUUCCAUGUUCUUGAAUUCGCCAAUUUCGCUAAUUUUGAUGAAGCAGAACAAGUUUUUGAUUCGAUUCGGUUUGAUUUUGUCCUCUCAUCUGUUACUGUAAUGGCGAAUUUCAGUUCCUCGAUGAUAUUAUUCUCUCUCUUCUUAUUGUUCUUAAACCCUAGAUAUAUGUUAAAUAGUAGUGUUAUUGAAUCAAGUUUAGCUUAAUCUGUUGUUGUGUUUACUGUAAUGUUGAGUUUCCGUUGUUCAAUGAUUCCACUUUUACUGCUGUUGUUCUUAAACCCUGGAUUUCUCUCUCCAAAUGCUUAUGCUUCAUCGUUCUUGGAUGAUGGUGGUGGUGGUGUUGAUGAUGUUGAAUUGAGUAUGCUGUUUUCUCAUCAUGAUUAUUCGCCGCCAUCGCCGCCGCCUCCUCCGCCUCAUCCACCGACUGUAUCGUGUGAGGGAGAUCUAGAUGGUGUUGGUUCUUUGGAUACCACUUGUCAAAUUGUAUCGGAUUUGAAUCUUACUGAUAGUGUGUAUAUACAAGGGACGGGCAAUUUUUUCAUCCUCCCUAAUGUAAAACUCAACUGUGUUGAAGCUCCAGGAUGUGAGAUUGCUAUUAAUAUUACUGGCAAUUUUAGUUUAGGCGAAAAUUCCACGAUUAUUGCUGGUACUUUUGAUUUAGUUGCUUGGAAUGCAACAUUUAGUCAAGGGUCAGUGAUAAAUACCACGGGAAUGGCGGGUGAUCCCCCGCCCCAGACGAGUGGGUCGCCUGCUUUGUUGGAUGGGUCGGGUGGAGGACAUGGAGGACGAGGCGCUUGUUGUAUGAUUGACAAUUCGAAGAGUCCUGAGGAUUAUUGGGGUGGGGAUACGUAUUCUUGGUCAACGUUGGAUAAGCCUUGGAGUUAUGGAAGUAAGGGAGGGAGUACGAGUAAAGAGGUUGAUUAUGGUGGGGGAGGAGGUGGGCGGGUUAGGCUUUGUGUUAAAGAGUAUCUUGUGGUGAAUGCGGCAGUGUUGGCUGAUGGUGGCAAUGGGGGAAACAAAGGUGGUGGUGGUUCUGGUGGGAGCAUUCACAUCAUUGCUCACAAGAUGUCCGGUGAUGGUAAAGUGAGUGCAUGUGGGGGCAAUGGUUUUGGUGGUGGAGGUGGUGGGAGGAUUUCCAUUGAUGUUUUUAGCUGGCGUGAUGAGCCAAAUACUUAUACUCAUGGAGGAAUUAGUUAUGGAUGCUCAGAUAAUGCAGGUGCUGCUGGAACUCUUUAUGAUGCCGUUCCCCGCAGCCUUAUUAUUAGUAACCACAAUCGUUCUACUGACACAAACACCUUGCUGAUGGAUUUUCCUAACCAGCCUCUUUGGACCAAUGUUUAUGUACGCAACCAUGCGAAGGCAUCUGUUCCGUUGCUUUGGAGUCGUGUGCAGGUUCAAGGCCAAAUUAAACUGGAGGCUGGUGGUGAAUUGAGCUUUGGGCUGGCAAAGUACGCUUCGUCAGAGUUUGAAUUGUUGGCUGAAGAAUUAUUGAUGAGUGAUUCAGUGAUCAAGGUGUAUGGAGCUCUUCGUAUGUCUGUGAAAAUGUUUUUGAUGUGGAAUUCUCAAUUGCUAGUAGAUGGUGGUUCAGAUAUUGCAGUUGCGACAUCCUUGCUUGAGGCCAGUAAUUUGUUGGUUUUAAGGGAAUCAUCUUCCAUACACUCUAAUGCUAAUUUGGGAGUUCAUGGGCAAGGUUUGCUAAAUUUGACAGGUCCUGGUGAUGCGAUUGAGGCACAGCGUUUGGUGUUGUCAUUAUUUUAUGGUAUCCAUAUUGGGCCAGGAUCUGUCUUGCGUGGCCCACUGGAGAGUGAAAAGAAAGAUGACAUGACACCUAGGCUGUACUGUGAUGACAAUGACUGUCCUUUAGAAUUGCUGCAUCCUCCUGAAGAUUGUAAUGUCAAUUCUUCCCUGUCAUUCACUCUGCAGGUAUGUAGAGUUGAAGAUGUGAUUGUUGAAGGCUCUAUAGAAGGGUCAGUUAUUCAUUUUCAUAGAGCCAGGACUGUAGAUGUGGGACCAUCUGGAACAAUAACUGCAUCUGGCUUGGGUUGCACUGGUGGAAUUGGCAGAGGAAAGGUUCUCAGUAAUGGCCUCAGUGGUGGUGGUGGUCACGGUGGUAAUGGCGGGGCUGGAUGUCAUGGUGCUACUUGUGUUGAGGGUGGGGUAUCAUAUGGAAAUAAAUAUUUACCUUGCGAACUUGGUAGUGGAAGUGGAAAUGAUAGCGUAGCUGGUUCCACUGCUGGUGGUGGAAUUGUUGUCAUGGGUUCAAUGGAGCAUCCAUUGUCCAGCCUUUCUGUUGAGGGCUCACUGAGAGCUGAUGGAGGAAGCUAUCAAGAUGGAAUUAGGAAAGCUUAUUCUAUUUUUGACAGCUUUAGUGAAGGUCUUGGGGGUGGAUCAGGUGGUACUGUGCUAUUAUUUUUGAAGACCUUGACUAUUGGUGAUAUUGCCACCCUAUCUAGUGUUGGUGGGAAUGGUGGUCCACUGGGUGGUGGUGGUGGUGCUGGAGGCAGGGUGCAUUUUCAUUGGUCUGAUAUCCCUACCGGUGAAUUUUAUCAGCCCAUUGCCAGCGUUAGGGGAAAAAUUGUCACUGGGGGAGGAUCUGGUGGUGAUGAAGGUGGUGCUGGAGAAAAUGGAACAAUGACAGGAAAGGCUUGCCCAAAAGGUCUCUAUGGCACCUUUUGCAAGGAAUGCCCCCCUGGCACUUACAAAGAUGUCAUCGGAUCGGAAGAACAUCUCUGCCAUCAUUGUCCUUCGCUGGAGUUUUCUCAUCGUGCUGUUUACGUUAGUGUCAGAGGUGGCGCAACUGAAGCUACAUGCCCUUACAAAUGUAUUUCAGACAGAUAUCAUAUGCCACAUUGCUAUACAGCCCUUGAGGAGCUGAUUUAUACAUUUGGAGGACCCUGGAUGUUUGGUCUUAUUCUACUGGGCCUCCUUAUCUUGUUGGCUCUUGUGCUCAGUGUUGCACGUAUGAGGUUUGUUGGGGUCGAUGAAUUACCUGGUCCUGCUCCAACACAGCACGGUUCUCAGAUAGACCACUCUUUCCCUUUCUUGGAGUCACUUAAUGAGGUUUUGGAAACAAACAGAGCCGAGGAGUCUCAGAGUCAUGUUCACAGGAUGUAUUUUAUGGGACCAAACACUUUUGCUGAACCUUGGCACCUCCCUCACUCCCCACCGGAACAAUUAAAAGAGAUUGUGUAUGAGGGUGCCUUUAAUAGAUUUGUAGAUGAGGUUAAUCUUCUUGCAACAUAUCAGUGGUGGGAGGGAUCAGUAUAUAGUAUACUUGGUGUUUUAGCAUAUCCAUUGGCUUGGUCUUGGUUACAGUGGCGCCGUAGGAUUAAACUGCAGCGACUUCGAGAAUUUGUUCGAUCAGAAUAUGAUCAUGCUUGCUUAAGAUCUUGUCGUUCUCGUGCUCUUUAUGAAGGGAUAAAGGUUGCUGCUACUCCUGAUUUGAUGCUCGCAUAUGUGGAUUUUUUCCUUGGUGGUGAUGAGAAAAGGAGUGAUCUCCCUCCUCAUCUACUUCAAAGGUUUCCCUUGGCUAUACUUUUUGGCGGUGAUGGAAGUUAUAUGGCACCCUUUACUCUUCACAGUGACAAUAUUCUAACUAGCCUAAUGAGUCAGUCUGUCCCUCCAACCACUUGGUAUCGUCUGGUGGCCGGUCUUAAUGCGCAUCUACGCUUGGUCCGGCGUGGAUGCCUAAGGAAAUCAUUUCGACCUGUUCUUAGGUGGCUUGAAAGUCAUGCUAACCCCAAGCUGAAGAAUUAUGCUCUACGUAUUGACCUUGCUUGGUUUCAAGCCACAGCUUGUGGAUAUUGUCAGUAUGGUCUUUUGGUUUGUACUCUUGAUGAGAACCUUGAGUGUCUAUCCCCUGAGUAUCAUGAUGGGAAUAUGCAAACUGAGCUACCUUCUAGCAUCCGGGUAGGAAAUUCAUCUGGCUAUCACUGGGAAGAUUCCCUCUUAGACAAUGUUAGCAAAACAGAUGAAUAUUUGAUGCGACAGAAGAGGUCAUAUGGAGCUAUUUUGGACAUUGAAAAUAUACGAGAUCUGGAGGAAAAGAGAGAUAUCUUCUUCCCCUUCUCUCUCAUUCUUCACAAUACUAAGCCUGUAGGGCACCAGGAUCUUGUUGGUUUGUUUAUCUCUAUAUUGCUUCUGGGGGAUUUCAGUCUAGUGCUGCUUACUUUACUCCAGCUAUAUUCUGUAUCACUGGUGGAUGUGUUCCUUGUAUUAUGUUUUUUACCACUGGGUAUUCUUCUUCCAUUUCCUGCUGGAAUUAAUGCUUUGUUUAGUCAUGGUCCUCGGCGUUCAGCUGGUCUUGCACGUCUGUAUGCUCUGUGGAACAUCACCUCUUUGGUCAAUGUUGUGGUUGCAUUUAUUUGUGGUUAUAUCCACUACAAGUCUCAAGCAUCACGAAGCAAAAUGAUUCCCUAUUUGCAGCCAUGGGGCUUGGAUGAAGGUGAAUGGUGGAUUUUUCCAGUGGGACUGCUUUUGUGUAAAUGUCUUCAGUCUCGACUGAUAAAUUGGCAUGUUGCAAAUUUGGAGAUACAAGAUCGCUCGUUGUAUAGUUCCGACUUUGACGUAUUUUGGCAGUCAUAAGUCAUAACAUCAUUUACUUUGUCUCUUGCCCAAGUAUUAGGUUUUUUGUAUGUUGCUCUUGGGUGUAGAUGAGAAACACAAAAGAACUGAAAGGAAAAAGAAAACAACAGGAGUAAAAGAAAUUAUUAGGCCUAGGAUAAAUGUCAUUCUUUUUGUGUAGCUGAUCCAUUAUGUAAUCUUCUGUAUCCCAUGUACAUAAUAGGUACAUAUGUGCUUCGCUUUUUGACCAUUUAUGAUUCUUCAUGACAUUUUGACAAAUGUUACCAUACUUAUUUAACAGAACAAUUGUGUUAACGCACACUUCUACACUUUGCCCAAACUAACUCAGAAUGGAGCAUUCGAUUUAACCAUUGAAUAGGUUUCGGAAA